AUGGAAAAACGUCACGAAGAAGAACAAAUUGUAGCUGAGAAAUUAAGGGAUAUGGAAAAACAAAAGAUUGAAGAGAAAUAUCGUCUUCAUAGAAAUAAAAUCAAUCAAAUCUGGCUUCAAACAGACGCGUGCCAGGAAGUUCAACAAAAAAUGUUAAAGAAAUGUUUAACAUCUCAGAAAGAAGUUGCCAUUGCUAAUAUUAAAGUUAUCACAGCAGUGCGUGACGUCGUUGACGAAUUAAGAACAAAGCAUAAUAUCCCGACGUUUGACAAAAUAGUGGAAUCUUUGAACACUCAAUUGAACUACGCUGAAUCAACUAAACAAAGACUGACACAACAACAAAAUGAAUUUCACACGGCACUGGCUGAAUUCAACGGCGAAAAAAGAAAAGCUUUACAAGAAAUUCUCCUUAAUAAUGACCGGUGA